UUUUCCCUCUGAAAGUGAAAAAUUGAAUACAGCUGCAAACUUUCUCAGUCUUGAGGAAAUUUGUUCCAUCUUCAUCAUGGGAAGGCCUUUGUUUUUGUAUGUAUUUUUAUUCUACUGGCAUUUCCUAAAUGCUUUAUUCACAGUUGAAGCUCCUCAGUCACUCUGCAUUGUGGAACGUGGGAACAAUGUGACCAUGGAAUGCACAUUUCCAGUGAAUGGGAAGUUAGAGUUUAGAGAUUUAAGUGUCAGCUGGGAUAAGAAAGAUGAGUUGAAGCAGGUUUAUGUACUUCACAAAGGAGAGGAAGACCUCAAAAAUCAGCACAAUGACUUUAAGGGAAGAAUAAAAUUGUUGAAAGAGAAUCUGAACUUGGGACAGUCUGUCCUUCAGAUCACUGACGUGAAGCUCAGAGAUGCAGGAAUUUACCGCUGUGUUGUUGCCUAUGGGGGAGCUGACUACAAGACAAUCCACCUGAAAGUUAAGGCUCCUUACAGAAUUAUAAACCAAGGAGUGGUGAGCACAGGACACAACGAAUGGAAGUUGACAUGUCAGUCAGAAGGAUACCCAGCAGCUGAAGUGAUAUGGCAAAAUGGAAACUACGAAGAUUUGACUUAUAAGGCAAACACAGAAUUUGAAACUGCAAAUGACCAGUUGUACCGUGUGACAAGUACCCUCACAAUCAAAAGUGGAAUUGAUGACAUUUUUUACUGUAUAUUCUGGAAUAAAGACCUGCAAGAAAAUACAACUGCCAUUUUACACCUAGCAGAUUCAACUGAUGGCAUUCUCCAGACUAAGAGCAGACGCUUUGUUGGAGCAACUCUCAUUGCAACUGCUUUUGUUGGAUCAGUGCUUCUAUUUCUUCUCUUCAUAAGAAAAGCUAGAGCAAAUAAGGGCAACAGAACACCUGUGGCAAGUCCAUCAAUAGCAAAACAUGCAAAAGAUAAGGAUACACACAACUACAGAGAUGCUUCUUUUGAAGACAGAGAGCUGAAAUAUAUGCAAAUUGAGAAGACCUAGAGAGAACAGGGGAAGACUUUUUCCCUCUGCUGUGAAGAUUUGUCAGCUCAAAUGUUCUGUGUUAUAUAUACUGAAGGGGAUAUUAUUUUUUUGUAUUUAUUGUGUGGUGGCAAUCUUCUAUAUUGUUGUAACACAGGAAAAAUUUAAUGAAGUUAAAAAAAUUAUUAUAGCAUAAAAAUAUUGAAUAGAUUCUGUAUAUGUGACUAGAUAGUGAGGUAUUUAUUUAAACAUCAAAGUUUCUACCUUCUCAAGUUUAGGCAAAUGUGUCUUUCAAAGAUUUCAUUUAAUUAAAUGUAUCUUUCAGGUAAAGCACUUUAGGUCUAUGACCAUCAUGAAUUUCAUAGCUAGCUCUUGAUAGAUCAUCUUCUGAACCUUUUUUUAUUCCUUCUUCACCUGAGCUCACAAUUUCCUGCACAUAACUGGUUUUCCAUAGUUUAAAGAAUCUUUUCAAUACUUUGAUCCUCAUAAAAGGUGCAACAACACAAAUUGCCAUACAUGCAGGGCAUUUUCAUUAUUAAAAUACCAGAUGCUCUCAGCUAAGCCUGAAAAAGAUGAUUUAAAAUUCUUGGUAAUUAUGGUUUGGAAAUUAAAUAAUACUAAGCUUUUUGAUAUUUUCUUUGAAAAGCAUUGUGGACAUUUAAUUUCCUCAUGAUAUUGCUGGCACUACUUGGUUACUGCUCACUGUCUUCUGAUUUACAGUCUGGGGAUAAUGCAAUUCUUUGGACAUUUAGGAAAAACAGCUCUUGCUUUACAUUAUCAUUUUGUUUUCUUGGGAAUGGGAAAAGGAAAACAUACUUACUUCUAGGACAUGAAAUAACUGCACAUGUGAUUACAUAGAAAUGCUGAAGAAACCUGUUCUUGGUUCCCGUUUCACAAGUUAUUGUUGUCUACAUUUUGCUAAGUGCCUAGCUUUUUGUGGG